AUGGCGAGUAUUCCACUGACAGGCGUCAAACGAUCUCGGGAGGAGUCGUGUCUCUAUGAAAGGGCCGUUAUUCUUCGCGUCUCUGCAGGAUCAGCACGACAUAAAUUAUCCAUCUCAACAGAAAGACAGAAUGUGGAAAAGGAAAAAACAUCCCUUACCGCUACUACUAAUACUACUACUAAUACUGCUGCUGCUGGAUGUUCACUUUCCUGCAGAACAGAAGAAGGACGAAUUCCAUAUGUGAAUACGAUGAUUUGGUCGGGGUGUUGGAAAGACGCCGCCGCGUAUGAGUUAUCAGAUGUAUGUCUAGACACACAGAAAGAAACCAACCCACAACGUCUUGAGGUAACUCAUAUGUAUUUCAGUGACGAAAAUAAACGAACGCCAUUACAACGUCGGGUGGAAGUGAGUGUUUCUCGAGGUGAUACAGGCAAACAUCAUCGUUUUUUCUUCUUAGUGUCACCACCGAGUUUAUCUUUGGUUACUGCUCAUACAAAUGGUGAGAUGAAUAAAGUUAACACAACCGAAUACUGUAAUACGGUUGUCCGUGAACUGCUUAGACAAGUAAGUGUGGAGGCAGCACUUCCCGUGGGAGAUGCGUGGAGUAUCGUUUAUCAUGGUAAGAGUGUGCAGUCGCAGGCGGGUGUGGAAAUGCUUUUGUCCGCGUUGUUUUCCGAGUCUUGUCAGCGAAUCCCCCUCGCUGUUUUUCCUGUUUUAAAGGGAAGAUGA